AUGUUAGAACUUAUUAAUCAAUUAGAUGGAUUUGAUAAACGUGGAAAUAUAAAAGUCCUUAUGGCAACAAAUAGACCAGAUACACUUGAUCCAGCACUGGUUAGACCAGGACGACUUGAUAGAAAGAUUGAAUUUGGUCUUCCAGAUAUUGAAGGAAGAACAGAAAUAUUCAAAAUUCAUACAAAGCCAAUGAGUGUUGCAAAGGAUAUUCGUUAUGAUCUUUUAGCUAGAUUAUGUCCAAAUGCUACUGGAGCAGAAAUUCAAUCAGUUUGUACUGAGGCAGGAAUGUUUGCAAUUAGAGCAAGAAGAAAAGUUGUUACUGAAAGAGAUUUCUUAGACGCAAUAGAAAAAGUUAUUAAAGGUUAUCAAAAGUUCUCUGCAACUCCAAAAUAUCUUGCUUACAAUUAA